AUGGGUUGCGGAAUGAGCACAGAAGAGAAGGAGGGGAAGCAGAGGAACGAGGAGAUUGAGAACCAGCUCAAGCGGGACAAGAUGAUGCAGCGCAACGAGAUCAAGAUGCUGCUCCUGGGUGCCGGUGAAUCUGGCAAGUCGACCAUCUUGAAGCAGAUGAAGCUCAUCCACGAGGGCGGCUACUCGCGCGACGAGCGCGAGUCCUUCAAGGAAAUCAUCUUCUCCAACACGGUGCAGUCGAUGCGCGUCAUCCUCGAGGCCAUGGAGUCCCUGGAGCUGCCAUUGGACGACCAGCGCUGCGAGUACCACGUUCAGACCAUCUUCAUGCAGCCCGCACAGAUCGAGGGCGACAGCCUGCCCCCGGAGGUUGGCAACGCCAUCGCCACCCUGUGGAAGGACGCUGGCGUGCAGGCCUGUUUCCAGCGCUCGCGCGAGUACCAGCUCAACGAUUCGGCGAAAUACUACUUCGACUCGAUCGACCGUAUCGCCGCUCCCGACUACAUUCCUAACGACCAGGAUGUCCUGCGCUCGCGUGUCAAGACGACCGGUAUUACCGAGACGACCUUCAUCAUCGGCGACCUCACCUACCGUAUGUUCGAUGUCGGUGGUCAGCGUUCGGAACGUAAGAAGUGGAUCCACUGCUUCGAAAACGUCACCACGAUUCUCUUCCUUGUCGCCAUCUCCGAGUACGACCAGCUGCUUUUCGAAGAUGAGACGGUGAACCGUAUGCAGGAGGCGUUGACGCUUUUCGACUCGAUCUGUAACUCGAGAUGGUUCGUGAAGACGUCCAUCAUCCUGUUCUUGAACAAGAUCGAUCGUUUCAAGGAGAAGCUGCCCGUUUCGCCCAUGAAGAACUACUUCCCCGAUUACGAGGGCGGCUCCGACUACGCCGCGGCCUGCGAUUACAUCCUCAACCGCUUCGUGUCGUUGAACCAGCAUGAGACCAAGCAGAUCUACACGCAUUUCACGUGCGCCACGGAUACCAUGCAGAUCAGAUUCGUCAUGGCAGCCGUCAACGACAUCAUCAUCCAGGAGAACCUCCGUAUGUGCGGUUUAAUAUGA